AUGUCAACAGUUCAUGUAGUCAGACAGAUUGCUGAAGAAUUUGGAAAUCGCGAAACGAAUCAGGUGGAACUAAUAAUGGAGGAUCUUCAUCUCUUUUCCAAUGGAAUUUUUUCAAAUGUUUACAAGGGACUGCUCAAACAACCACAGCAUCGAUUGAUUGCUGUCAAAAAAUCGUGGUCAAAUCAGUCAAAUCACAGAUCAACGGAAGUGCAAAUUUUAAUGAUGUUGAACCGUAUGCAUCACAAAAAUAUUAUUCAGCUGUUAUAUAGAUUCAGCCAAUCAUAUCCUGAUCAGAAGAUAUGCACGGCAUUGGUUUUUGAAUUUUUUCCAAUGAAUUUAUAUGAGGUUCGAGAACGGUAUGGUCCCCUAAGCAUUUUGGAUGUCAAAUUGUAUAUUUGGCAACUAUUCCGUGGGCAAGCACAUUUGGAAAAAAAUAAUGUCUGUCACAGAGAUAUAAAGCCACAAAAUUUACUGGUAGAUCAUAAGAGUGGAAUGCUUAAAAUUUCCGAUUUUGGAUCUUCAAAAAUAAUAGAUAACAAAACGACAUCAUAUCACUACCACGUGACCAGAUAUUAUCGUGCCCCAGAACUCAUUCUAGGCUCUAUUCGAUACCGAUGCGAAAUUGAUCGAUGGUCAUGCGGUUGUGUAUUUGGAGAACUUUUGAAAAACCACGUCUUAUUUCCAGGUCAAACUACUAAUCAACAGCUUCAGCUUGUCAUCAACAUAUUAGGAUAUCCAAGUCCACGUGAUAUCGCAGCGAUGCGAGUGACCACUGAAGUUCUUCAAAGCAAUGACUUUCGUGAUGAUAUAAUGAAGAAACCAAAUCCUAGCGGUUUCAAAAUGCUGGUAAAACGCGCUGAUCAUAAUGCAUUAAAUUUAUUGGCAAAAGUAUUGGUAUAUGACCCAAUUAACCGCUUGUCUGGUCCACGUUUUCUUGAAAACAGUUACUUCAGUGAAUUAUUCGAUCCACGCACCAGACGCAACGGACAGCGCAUUAAAAUCCUUUCUAAAAAAGAUUUUGAAUGUGCGAUUGCUGGUGACGAAAUACUGACAGGAUCCACCACGGCAGACACCAGUGAAAUGUGA